AUGAGCCAUCAGAUACCCGUCCAGGAAGACGGUACCGUCCCUGGGUGGGUUGAGGAGCCAGCACUACGCGGCACCUGGAAGGUUGUCUGGACAUGCAUUGCCACUACUUUCCUCUGCGUAUGGACACUGCUCUGCCUCAACGUCCCGGCACCUACCGACACGUGGUUCGUCCUGUUCCGCCGUCGACUGCUGUGGAUGAUCCUGGCCAUCCUGGGCCCCGAGAUCGUGCUUACCUAUGCUGCUGGCCAAUGGUCUCGGGCUCGGCACUCGCUCGCCGCCUUUCGCAACUCAGGCCAUCAAGGGUGGACAAUGCGGCUGGCCUUCUUUGCCGACAUGGGCGGCUUCGUGCUCGAGACGGCGCCGGAUCCCCAAGACAACAACUCAAGCAUCUCGUUCCCCCUCAACGCGAAGCAGCUGCAUUGGCUCGUCGUCAACAAGCACCUUGCAUACCCCUUGACGACUUCAGAAGAGGUCAACGACAAAUCCAAGCAGGACCGCCUUGCCAAGCUCAUCACCUCGAUACAAAUUAGCUACCUCGUGGUGGAGUGCAUCGCGCGGGCGGCGCAGGGCCUCGUGCUGACGACGCUGGAGCUCAACACGCUCGCCAUCGUCGUCUGCUCGCUCAUGACCGCCUACACGUGGCUGCAUAAGCCCGUCGACGUCCGCCACCCAAUACGCCUGUGCUCCCCGCACACCCUGGCAGAGAUCACGGGCCGUCGACCGUGGGACACGACGCCGCUCGACUUUGUCGACGAGAACGGGCCCGGCUGGGCCCUCAACGUCCAGCCCUUUAUGCGCAUGCCCGUCCUGCCCACCGAGCGGCCCCUGCAGCGGAUACCAAACGACCGCUUCCCCAUGGACCCCUACGGCGCACAGGAGUACCUAGUCUGCCUCGCGACCCUGGUGUUCACGGGCCUGCACCUUGCGGCUUGGGAUUUCGAGUUUCCGUCCCGGGCCGAGCAGAUUCUCUGGCGCGCCUCGAGCCUGAUCCUGUUCCUGGUUACAGCCCUCUUUUGGGUCGCCGAGACGGCCGCGUCGUGGGUGCGGCUUGGACGGUGGCGUCGUCUGUAUCUUUUAAUGGUCAAUCCGCAGAAGCUGGCUAUACUUGAUUUGCAAAGCAGCAGGGAGCAGGAGAAAGCCGCACCGGCGCCAAGAAAGGCCAUCGAAUUGCCACUCGCUUGGGAAUUCUGGACGAUCGCGCCUAUAGCAGUUUUGUAUGGCGUGGCCAGGUUGUAUCAAGUGCUCGAAGGUUUUUUGCAGCUGAGACGUGUGGAUGCUACUGUGUUUGUGCAUAUUCCUUGGUCAAUGUAUUUCCCACACUUAUAG